UGCUGCAUAGCCCAAUGGCAGCGCCACUGCUGUGGCACAACGACUACUGGGCGGGAGGCCUCACGGACAGCGGCGGACACACAACUUUCGCAGCAGAAGCAGCGGGGGGCCCCGCGGCGGCAUCGGCGCCGGCCUCCCGACAGCCGUUCACGAGUGUCGAUGAAGCGCUUGCCGUGCUGGAGGCAGCCGUGGCGCAGCUGCCGCCGCUGGUGCUGCCAACCCCGGUGCUGCCGCCGGUGCGAGCAGACGCGCCGGCGCCACCACACUCGCAAGUUCCCGCGGGGGAGAUCUCCUGCGACUCGCCAUGGCAGCCAUCGCCACGGACUGUGACAACAUAUCCUCCAAGCCUGCUGCAGUCUCAGCAGCAGCAGCAGCAGCAGCAGUCAGGUGGGGUGGGGCCGGAGGCGAGUCGCGGGCAACAGCUGCAGCACCCAGCAGCAGGAGCGGCUGGGGGGUCUCGCAGCAGCAGCGGUGAGGCUGCAGCAGGCGGCGAGCCGCCGCGCUGGGAUGCGGCUUAUUCUUGGGCGGGUAUGGGCCUGGGUCAUAUGGGCAGGGAUGCUACUGCCACCGGCAACAGCUUUGCAGCGGCUGCUACUGCCUGCAUGGCGGGUGGCUGUGAGCCGGCUGGGGGUUACGGCAGCGGGGCCCCGGCCUCUACGGCGCUGCACUGCGUGGCGACGGCUCCAGCCUCCCGACCGCAGCCCGCAGCCGCCGCCUCACACGCCACAAAGAGCGCGGCUGGAGCGGCGGCGGUGGCAUUGCCCAGGCCCUGCAGCACGUGCCCGCCGGCAUCGGGCGCAGCCGCCGCCAGCUGCCCCGACUUCAGCGCAAUGGCAGAUGCCGCCCUGACAGCUGCAGCCGCUGCGGGGGCUUCCGCGGCGUCCACGGCAGGGGGCAGCGGGGACUGCUGCGUGGCUGGAGGCGACGCGCCGCCGCCGCCACUGCAGCGGCAGCGGCAGCAACAGCUGGCGGCGACCUUGUUGCAGGCUGGCCGCCACACUUACUCUGGCGUUCGCCAUGGCAACGGCAGCACUGCCAGCGGCAGCGGCGGUUCCGGCCUGCCUUGGGCGCAGCCGGGGCGUCAUCAGCAGGGCCGUUGGGACGCCACCGCCACCACCCUUACCGACACGUACAGCGGCUGUGACCAGCAGCCAGCGGCGGUGCACAGCAGCGGGGCCCGGAGUCAGCCGCAGCAGCGGCAGCAGGCUGGUGCGGCGCCUGCCGCGGCCGCGGCCGCUGAUGAGAUGGUGGCAGCAGCAGCCGCACGCGACGGCAUCGCCACCACGCCUGCGGCGACUGCUGCUGUUGACGCGGCCGCGCUGAGCGAGGUCCAGCCGCCGGACACCCGACAGCAGCAGGGGCAGCAGCAGGGGCAGCCGCAGGGGCAACCGCUAGCGGGCGCUGCGGAUCCAGUCAGUGGGGCACGGUGCAUCACCUGCAGGGUGGAUUGGCCCAGCGUCCGCUGGGGCUUCUUUGCGCGCGGCACCAGCGCCUUCACCUGCCGCGGCUGCUGUUUGCGCAACCUCCACUCCCACGGCUUCUACGGCCCGACCGUGACGCUGAGCCUGCAGGAAGCCGGCCGCCGCGAGUGCGCCGAGUGCGGCAGGGAGGCUACGGACAGAUGGUGGCCACACUUGUCGCGUGCCGGCGCCUACGUCUGCAGCUUAUGUAUCACAAAGCAUCGGAACAAACACGCACGGCAGGCCGACGCUGACGCUGAGCCUGACCCUCAGGGUAAAGGUGGGGAUGGGGAUGGGGAUUGCGAUCACCUGCAACAGCCGGAGGGGCUGCAGGAAAGGCAGCCACAGCGGCAGCGGCAGGGGCUGCAACAGGUGCAGAAGCAGGGACAGCAGCACACAGCUGCACCGCUGCCGGCUCAGACGCUGGACGGGCAGCUAGGCAGCAGCGGGAUACGGUGUGCCACCUGCAGAGCACGCUAUGAGCGCCAGCCCGGCACCCCGAACGGGUUCUUCGCGCGCGGCACCGGCGCCUACACCUGCCGCGGCUGCUGCAUCCGCAACCAACACUCCCACGGCUUCUACGGCCCGCCUGGAACGGGAAGUCUGGAGGAGGCGGGCGGGCGGGAGUGCGCCGAGUGCGGCACGAAUGGAGCUACAUCCUGGCGGCCACACCCGUCGCGUGUCGGUGCCUACGUCUGCACAGCAUGCACGUGGACGCUUCGCAGCAAACGCGCAUGGCAGGCCGACGCUGGUGCUGAGCCCGACCCCCAGGAUAAAGGUGGGGAUGGAGAUGGGGCCGGAGAUGGCGACCACCUGCAAAAGCCAGAGCCGGCGCCCGCUGUGCACGACAACGGCAGCAGCAGCAGCAGCAGCAGUCAGCUGGCUAGCCCGUCCACAACAGCGCCGCCGCAGCCGUCACACCUGCAGCCACCGCAGCCGCCGCUGCUUCCAGCGCAACGUCCAGCAAAGGCGUCGCCUUCUGCAUCAGUAGCAGCAGCCGUUGCGCAGGUGCACGGUACUGUCCCUCGUCCGCCCGCUAUGGCAUUGCAAACAGCAGCUGCGGGAGCAUGUGAUGGGUGCAGCACUGCCCCAGCGGCAGCAGCACCUGCACCUGCACCGGCACCUGCGCAUGCAUCUGCACCUGUUGCCGCUGCAAGAGCACGCACCAGGGCCGUGGCCGCGGCAGCCGCCACCGACAUCUCUUGCAGCCCACACGCUGCUCCGCUAGCGCACAGACAAGCAUUGGCAGCACGGCACGGCGCCGGCGCCCUCAUCUGCAGUCACCAGCAGCAGGAGGAGGACGAGGAGGAGGAGGAGGAGGAGGAGGAGGAGGAGGAGGAGGCGGAGGAGGCGAUGCGCGCUCACACACAGCAGGGCCCCAGCGGCCCAGGCGUCCCGCAGCAGCCGAUCCCGCCGCCCCCAGCCCUUCUGCCGGCGGCUCCGGCGGAGGUGGGGUCAUCGGGACUGGUCACUGCCUGGGCGGCACCUGGUCCCAAUCCCGGUGGGAAUGGGACAGCUGCGCAGGCGCAGGCCUGUGGGGCAGCGCUCGGCGCCGCCCCCGCCGCCACAACCUCUGCGGCGGUGGCCUGCGGUAAAGAGGAGACCGAGUCCGCCAUCGCAGCUGUUGUGCCUCUGCCGACCUCGUCUGGUGGCGGCGGCAGCCAGGCUCCACUCGCUGGAGCCGGCGGCGGCGAUUGCGGCGGCGUGCGACAGCCCGCAGCCGACCAGGUGCAGUGCGCCACCUGCGGCGCGCUCGUUGAGCGCCGCGCAAAUGCCCCAAGCGGCAUCUUCGCGUGGGGUACUGGCGUCUUCACCUGCCACACCUGCUGCCUAAAGAACCGGCGGUCGCGCGGCUUCUACGGCCCGACCGGGACUCGCAGCCUGGAGGAGGCGGGCAGGCGGGAGCGCGUCGAGUGCGCGGCAGAGGAGGUGCAUCGGUGGUGCCCGGACCCGACUCAGCCCGGUGUCUACUGCUGUGAUCGGUGCUGGCACUCGCUGAAACGCCGCGCGGUCAAGCGUGUGCGCUGUGCCCAGCAGGAAGAGCACGAAGACAGCGAGACAGCGGCAGAAGCGGACGCGGAUGCACCGGGUUACACCGGCUCGCCGCCUUCCUCCACCACGGCUGCAGUUUGCGGCGGCGAGGGUCCCGGCAUUGCAGGCGCCUCUAGCCCUGCUGCUGCAGGGGCGGCCAGCGGCUGGGUCUCGGAGGCUGCGGUGCCGCAACAGACAGCGGAAGCAAGCGCGCAGGGGCAGGCGGUCGGCGCGCCGCCAAGCAGCCCGCAGGCACACAUCAUGUGCGCCAGCUGCGGUGCACCUUACGUGCGCCGUCCUGGGGUGCCCUGCGGCUUCUUCGCGCGUGGCACCCUCGCCUACACCUGCCACAGCUGCUGCCUACGCAACCUCGCGUCCCACGGCUUCUAUGGCCCCCCCGGAACUCGCAGCCUGGAGGAGGCGGGCGGGCGGGAGUGCGUCGAGUGCGGGGCAGAGGAGGUGCAUCGGUGGUGCCCGCACCCAACUCAGACCGGUGUCUACUGCUGUGCUCCGUGCUGGCACUCGCUGAAACGCCGCGCGGUCAAUCUUGUGCGCCGUGCCCAGCAGGAGCAGCACGAAGACGGCGAGACAGCUGUAGAAGCGGAUGCGGAUGCACCGGGUUACACCGGCUCGCCGCCUUCCUCCACCACGGCUGCAGUUUGCGGCGGCGAGGGUCCCGGCAUUGCAGGCGCCUCUAGCCCUGCUGCUGCAGGGGCGGCCGGCGGCUGGGUCUCGGAGGCUGCGGCGCCGCAGCAGCCGGCAGCUGCAAGCACGCAGGGGCAGGCGGUCGGCGCGCCGCCAAGCAGCCCGCAGGCACAGAUCACGUGCGCCAGCUGCGGCGCACCAUACGUGCGCCGCCCUGGGGCGCCCUGCGGCUUCUUCGCGCGUGGCACCCUCGCCUACACCUGCCACAGCUGCUCCAUGAAAAACUAUUACUGUCACGGCUUCUACGGCCCGACCGGGACGCGGAGCCUGGAGGAGGUCCUGUCGAAUACCGGCAUGCAGCACACGCCUCGUGCCAGCGCAGACGCCAGUGGCAGUGCCGCUUUCCCGGCUUUGGCCGCAGGCGCGCUGGCUGCUGCCGCAGGUGCGGCGGCUGCGGUGCCGCAACAGGCAGCGGCAGCAAGCGCGCAGGGGCAGGCGGCCGGCGCGCCGCCAAGCAGCCCGCAGUCACAGAUCACGUGCGCCAGCUGCGGCGCACCUUACGUGCGCCGCCCGAGGACCGCGAGCGGCUUCUUUGCACGUGGCACCCGCGCCUACACCUGUCCCGGCUGCUGUCGACGCAACACCGUGUCCCACGGCUUCUUCGGCCCGCCCGGCACGCGCAGCCUGGAGGAGGCGGGCGGGCGGGAGUGCGUCGAGUGCGGCACGGAGCAAACAACACGGUGGCACCUUCACCCCUCGCACAUUGGUGCGCAUGCCUGCUACAGCAGCGCGUGCGAUCUUAGGUGGAAGCACAGCCAAGCAGCCAAGCGCCCACGGCCGGCCCUGCAAGAUGACCCGGAUCCCGAACGGCUGCAGCAGCAGCCGUGGCAUCCGCCGCCGCAGCAGCAGCCGCAGCAGCAGCCGUCACUGUUGCUUGUGAACCAGCCAGCAGCGGUGGGCGCGGAGCGCGCGGUUGACGCUGACGCCUGGGCUCUCAACCCGCAUUCGCACCCACAGCACAGACAGGCUCUCCUAGUAGCUAGCACGCCCGUUGCCACGACAGCUGCCACAGCUACGACCGGGCAUAGCAUUGAGCCCCACCAGCAGGACCAUGACAAGCAGCAGCAGCGAAGAAAUGACAGCAAGGCUGCGCUGGCGCCGCCAUCGCCGACGCCGCCUGUGGCGUCAGUUGAAUGGAGUGACUGGAGUCAGUUGCCUGCUGCUGCUGCUGUCGGGCAACGGGGCAUCGCCGCGGACCAGCACCAGAAGCAGCAACAGCAGCACCAGAAGCAGCAGCAGCAGCAGCAGCAGCAGCAGCAGCAGCAGCAGCAGGUGUCGUGUGCCGCCUGCGCCGCGACGGUCGUGUUGCGGGCGGGUGCGCCCUCGGGCUUCUUCGCGCGCGGCACCGGCGCCUAUACAUGCCGCGGCUGCUGCAUUCAGAACAGACAGUCUCACGGCUUCUACGGCCCGCCCGGGACGCGGAGCUUGGAGGAGGCGGGCGGCCGGGAGUGCGCCGAGUGCGGCACGCAGGAGACGCAGCACUGGUGCACCCACCUGACGCGUGUGGGCGCCUACAGCUGCAGUCCGUGUGUGCGGCGGCUGCAACUUCGGGAACAGCUGUAGCAUGUUGGGACGGAGGCGGCAGUGGGUGUGUGCCACCAGGAGGGGCUCCUGUGGGUCUGAGCAUGAGGGUAGGAAGCGAAGCAAACACGAGCGAAUGGGUACGCCAGGCUCGGGUAGACGAGAGGUCGGUUCGUCAAUCUGGGGACUGCAUGGACUGCUGUGUCCACAGCAAUGCUAGGCCGGUGCCUGAAAUCUCAGCGGUGCGGAGUGCAGUGGUUACUGUCUGGAUAGUGACGCAACUGGCGCGCCGGGUGGGGGAACUGGAGCAGUCGAGCUGCCGCAGGGCUAACGAGUGGAAAGACACGCAAAGCAAUGAGAACGGCUGCUGGUAUCGGCUGGGGUGCCAGCCAAUUGUAUGAGUGAUACCGCUGAGCGGCACGACCGCACGACGCGCAGCCUGACUGCCUGAGCCUUGCAGCAUACAGAUCAGGAACAGGAGGAAGAGAUGGAUGAGGUUACGUUGAUAGAAUAUCUGAUGCGCCGGAGAGAAGCAGUCCCCUGUGUCUUCACACUCGAUUUGACUAAAGUCCCAUCCGAUUCCG